GUCAGGCUGCACCGCAAUCGCCUUUAAAAGCACCCCCACCCCGCCGGCAGCUCACACCCGGAUACCUGGGCUGCCGCGGCUGCGCGCGUGUGUGUGUUUGUGUGCGCGCGCGCGCGGCUUGGAGAGCGCGCACCAGUGUGUCUCCAGUGUGCGCCAGGCUGUGAGCCUGGGGGCGCGAGCCGGCGUGCACAGGGCGGGCGAGCCCUGAGCGUCUCCAGUGGCCAUGACCGGCGCGGGCGCCUGGGCUGUGCUCGGCCUGCUGCUGGCGGCCCAGCUGUCGCGGCAGCAGCCCCCGGAGAGACCUGUUUUCACAUGUGGCGGCGUUUUUACUGGAGAGUCUGGAUUUAUUGGCAGUGAAGGUUUUCCUGGAGUGUACCCUCCGAAUAGCAAAUGCACCUGGAAAAUCACAGUUCCCAAGGGAAAAGUCGUAGUUCUCAAUUUCCGAUUCAUAGACCUGGAGAGUGACACCCUGUGCCGCUAUGACUUUGUGGAUGUAUACAGUGGCCACAGCAAUGGCCAGCGCAUCGGGCGCUUCUGCGGCACGUUCCGGCCUGCGGCCCUUGUGUCCAGUGGCAACAAGAUGAUGGUGCAGAUGAUUUCUGACGCUAACACAGCUGGGAAUGGCUUCAUGGCCACGUUCUCGGCCGCCGAACCACAUGAAAGAGGGGAUCAGUAUUGUGGAGGACGCCUUGAAAGACCUUCCGGCUCUUUUAAAACCCCCAACUGGCCAGAUCGUGAUUACCCUGCAGGAGUCACUUGUUUGUGGCACAUUCUAGCCCCAAAGAAUCAGCUUAUAGAAUUAAAGUUUGAGAAGUUUGAUGUUGAGCGCGAUAACUACUGCCGGUAUGAUUAUGUGGCUGUGUUUAAUGGCGGAGAAGUCAACGACGCUAAAAGAAUUGGGAAGUAUUGCGGUGAUAGUCCACCUGCGCCAAUUGUGUCUGAGAAAAAUGAGCUUCUCAUUCAGUUUUUCUCAGACUUAAGCUUAACUGCAGAUGGAUUUAUUGGUCACUACAAAUUCAGGCCAAAAAAAUUACCAACGACUACGGCAUCACCAAUUACCACCACAUUCUCUGCGACUACAGGUUUAAAACCCACAGUGGCCAUGUGUCAGCAAAAGUGCAGAUGGACGGGUACCCUGGAAAGCAAUUACUGUUCAAGUAAUUUUGUGGUCGCUGGCACUGUCAUCACAACAGCCCCUCGAGGGGGGAGCCUGCACGCCACCGUCUCACUCAUCAACAUCUAUAAAGAGGGAAACCUGGCGAUUCAACAGGCCGGCAAGAACAUGAGCGCCAAGAUCACCGUGGUCUGCAAGCAGUGCCCUGUCCUCAGAAGAGGUCAAAAUUACAUUAUUAUGGGCCAAGUGGGUGAAGAUGGGCAAGCCAAAAUCAUGCCAAACAGCUUCGUCAUGAUGUUCAAGACCAAGAAUCAGAAGUUCUUGAAUGCCUUGGAAAACAAGCGAUGUUAACAGAGAACUGUGUCAAUUGAAGCUACAUUCUGUCAUUGCCUUUGAAAGAUCUAUUUUUCUCAGUAGAAAAACAAUCUUAUAUUAAAUAUUAAGCAUUCAGAAAGGUUUACUCUUCACAUGAUGUAGGUGCGAGGCCUCCAGCAUCGCUGAUGGAAGUCCCGUGCCUACACCUGGAGAAGCAGGUAUCUCAGUGUGGUCGUAGGAAAUUAAUGGUACCAAGUGUUGACAGUUUGGAAGCAGUUUAUUUAUACAUCUCUGUAGAAGGGUAUUUUAGAAAUGAAUUUUGUGAAGAUGUAAAAAAAAGAAAUAAGUGCAAUAUUUGCUCCAAGGU